CCAUGCCCACUCAGGAUGUCCCUGUCCCGCUUGCUGAGAUCUGCAGGGGUCUUCCUGUUGCCGGCCCCCUGCUGGGCACCCCGGGAGAGGUGGCUUGGUUCCCUACAACGACCCUCCCUGGCAUAUGGGUGUCCAGUCCUGGGGGCCUGGCACAGUGCCCGCUGGUGGUGCAAAGUGUGGACAGAGCAGCCUCGAGUAUUUUGCUCGUCUCUCAGAAUGAAUGGGAACCAGAAAUUGGAAGCUUGUAACCAAGAAAAGCAGGAUUUCAUCCAGCACUUCUCCCAGAUCAUGAAGGUGUUGACUGAGGACGGGCUAGACCACCCAGAGACUGGCGAUGCCAUUACCCGGCUCAAGGAGGUCCUAGAGUACAAUGUUGUGGGAGGCAAGUACAAUCGGGGUUUGACUGUGCUGCAAGCAUUCCGGGAGCUGGUGGAGCCGAGGAAACAGGAUGCUGAGAAUCUUCAGCGGGCCCUGACUGUGGGCUGGUGUGUAGAACUGCUCCAGGCGUUCUUUCUUGUGUCGGAUGACAUCAUGGACUCCUCCCUCACUCGCCGCGGACAGAUCUGCUGGUAUCAGAAGCCAGGCAUAGGCUUGGAUGCCAUCAAUGACGCCGUGCUUCUGGAAGCCUGCAUCUACCGCCUACUGAAGUUCUACUGCAGGGAGCAGCCCUACUACCUGAACCUUCUGGAGCUCUUUCUACAGAGUUCUUAUCAAACGGAGAUCGGGCAGACUCUCGACCUCAUCACAGCACCCCAGGGCCAUGUGGAUCUUGAUAGAUACACUGAAAAGAGGUACAAAUCUAUUGUCAAGUACAAGACAGCUUUCUAUUCUUUCUACUUGCCUGUCGCAGCUGCCAUGUACAUGGCAGGCAUUGAUGGGGAGAAGGAACACGCCAAUGCUAUGAAGAUCCUGCUGGAGAUGGGCGAGUUCUUUCAGAUCCAGGACGACUACCUUGAUCUCUUUGGUGACCCCAGUGUGACCGGGAAGGUUGGCACUGACAUCCAGGACAACAAAUGCAGCUGGCUGGUGGUUCAGUGUCUGCAGCGAGCCACUCCUCAACAGCGCCAGAUCCUAGAGGACAAUUAUGGGCAGAAGGAUCCAGACAAGGUGGCCCAGGUAAAAGCACUGUAUGAAGCGCAGGAUCUGCCGGCUGUGUUCUUGAAGUACGAGGAAGACAGUUACAACCGCCUCAAGAGCCUCAUAGAACAGUACUCUGCGCCCUUGCCCCCAGCCAUAUUCUUGGAAUUAGCAAAAAAGAUCUACAAGCGGAAAAAGUGAUCUCGAGAUUGCAAAGGCUUGGAGGGGAGGGAUCUUAAUAAAUUAUUGUACAACA